CUUAUGCAUGAGUGCAUAACCAUUUAUUGGUUCUAAAUAUUGCAAGAUUCUACUCCCCGUUUUCAAGAAAGAAAAAAUGUCCCAAACCCCAAACCCUAAUCCUAACCCUUGCCCUAGCCCUAGCCCUAGUCCUAACCCUAACCCUAACUUGCAUCAAGGGGAAACACACCAAAUUUCAAAAUCUCCAUCAUCAAACAUGUCAAUCGACGGCACAUUUGAUCAAAGAAGAGAACAAGCGCCGGUAAUUUCCGCCAGAAAUGGAAACGAAAAUGGCGUUAUAGCUUCUAAAACAAUGGCGUCGACAAUUCGUUUGAGCACACAACCUAAUGCAGAGCACAAACCUGAAAGCUAUGAAGAUCUUUCAUCGGAGUUUAGUCCUUUGCUUUUUAGUUGUCUUGAACGUUAUCUACCUCCUUCGGUUUUGACUUCUUCUCGCGAUUCUAAGGUUCAAGUUAUGCGUAAUAUCUUGCUUAAGUAUUCUCCUGAAGGCGAGCGGAUUAGGACUCAGAAGUAUAAGGAGUACAAGACAAAGAUCAUGACUAACUAUCAGCCACUUCACAAAGAGCUGUAUAGCAUGCAUGCUUCAAACUUCUUUGUCCCUCCAUUUCUUAAUGCAAUUAAUGAGAAUACCGAGGAAAGUUUUAGAAACAUAAUGUCCGAGCCUGCUCCUGGCAUUUUCACCUUUGACAUGUUUCAGUCUCAGUUCUGUGAUAUGUUGCUGAAUGAGGUAGAAAAUAUAGAAAAUUGGGUUUGUGAAACAAAAUGCAAAAUCAUGCGGCCAAAUACAAUGAACCGAUAUGGUGCUGUUCUUGAUGAUUUUGGCCUGGGAUUUAUGCUUGAUAAGUUGAUGGGGGAUUUUGUACGUCCUAUUGCAAAAGUUUUCUUUUCUGAAGUUGGUGGAUCUACUCUAGAUUCUCACCAUGGAUUUGUUGUACAAUAUGGAAUAGAUAAGGAUGUUGACUUAGGUUUUCAUGUGGACGAUGCUGAAUUAACUUUGAAUGUUUGCUUGGGAAAGGAAUUUUCUGGGGGAGAAUUGUUCUUUCGUGGGGUUAGAUGUGAGAAGCAUGUUAAUACAGAAACACAGGCUGAGGAAAUUCUUGAUUACUCCCAUGUUCCUGGACGUGCUGUUCUUCAUCGUGGUCGCCAUCGCCAUGGUGCUAGAGCUACUACAGAUGGGAGGAGGUCAAACUUGAUCUUAUGGUGCAGAAGUUCUGUCUUCCGAGAGCUUAAGAAAUAUCAGAAGGACUUUUCUACCUGGUGUGGAGAGUGUCAACGGGAGAAGAAAGAAAGGAAGCAACUGUCAGUUGCUGCGACCAAAGAGGUUUACAUAUGGCCCAUCAAUUGGGGUACAAUUAUCUUACAAGAUAAUCUUCUAUCUAUUGUCAAUGAUGAAUUACUAAGGUACAUUCAAAUUUUACCACAAACUUGCUAUUACUACUUAUGUAAGCCUCAUAUGUUUUUCAUUUCGACUCGAUCAUUUUUUUUUUUUGAAAGACCAAAUUUAUUAAUCUCUUUUUUUUAACUCAUCAUUGGUGGUGCCUAGGUGACAGAUCUCUUUAUAUGUUAACACUCUUUAGUUAAAACCACUUAUAAUAUUAUAUUUCAUCUGGAUCAAGAAGUUUCCACAAAUUGAUUUUUUUUAAAUUUUUCUAUGUCAAAAGCUAUUUUUUCCUAUUAGAAUAUGGUAAAUAUCUUGAUAC